GGAGCAGCGCGGAUCCCGGCCACACGGUUCGGCCGCCGCCAUGGGCUCCACGCAGAGCGUCGAGAUCCCAGGCGGGGGUACGGAAGGCUACCACGUCCUGCGGGUACAAGAAAAUUCACCAGGACAUCGAGCUGGACUGGAGCCGUUCUUUGAUUUUAUUGUUUCUAUUAAUGGUUCAAGAUUAAAUAAAGACAAUGAUACACUUAAGGAUCUGCUGAAAGCAAACGUUGAAAAACCUGUGAAAAUGCUGAUCUACAGCAGCAAAACACUGGAGCUGAGAGAGACCUCAGUUACACCAAGUAACAUGUGGGGCGGCCAGGGCUUGCUGGGCGUGAGCAUUCGCUUCUGCAGCUUCGAUGGAGCUAACGAAAAUGUUUGGCACGUGAUGGAAGUGGAACCUAAUUCUCCUGCGGCCCUAGCAGGUCUCAGACCUCACAGUGAUUAUAUCAUCGGAGCAGAUACGAUCAUAAAUGAGUCCGAAGAUCUUUUCAGCCUUAUUGAAACCCAUGAAGCAAAACCAUUGAAACUUUAUGUAUACAACACAGACACGGAUAACUGUCGAGAAGUGAUAAUCACGCCGAAUUCUGCAUGGGGCGGAGAAGGCAGCCUAGGAUGCGGCAUUGGAUAUGGCUAUUUGCAUCGAAUACCCACCCGCCCAUUUGAAGAAGGAAAGAAAAUUUCUCUUCCGGGACAAAUGACUGGCACACCUAUUACUCCUCUUAAAGACGGGUUCACGGAGGUCCAGCUGUCCUCAGUUAACCCCCCACCUUUAUCACCACCAGGAACGACAGGCAUUGAGCAGAGCUUGGCUGGGCUUUCUAUUAGCUCAGCUCCUCCAGCCGUCAGUAGCGUUCUCAGCACAGGUGUACCAACAGUACCGUUACUGCCACCCCAGGUAAACCAGGCCCUUGCUUCUGUGUCGCCCAUAACCCCAGCUACGACGAUACCAGGUCUGAUGCCUUUACCAGCAGGACUGCCACCCCUGCCCGCCCUUCCCAACCUCAACCUCCCUGCGGCACACAUCAUGCCGGGUGUCGGCUUGCCAGACAUUGGGACCCCAGGUUUGCCAUCUCUUCCUUCCUUGCGGCCCCGAAACUUGCCCGGCCUUGCACCUCUUCCUAUGCCAGCCGAGUUCCUCUCGUCAUUCCCUUUGGUUCCAGAAGUCUCUUCGGUUGCAGGCUCAGGCGAGCUGCUGGCCUCCCUGCCCCUUCCCGGCAACCCGCCUUCUGAGCCCACUACGAUGACUGCCAAGGCAGACACCGCCUCCCCACCCACUGUGGAUGCCGGACCCCCGACUGCACAGGCCCCAGCUGAGGACAGAGCCAGCGAGUCGGCCCCAGCCACAGAGAAGCCCACACCUGCUGCUGGGGGUGCCAGUGCUUCUGAGUCCCCUUAACUGUGGCUCGUUCCCCGGGAGCGGGUCUGGAAGUGCAAACUGUCAUUAAUUUCAUACUGGUUUGUACAUCUCUGUAGGCAUCCUGUAAAUAGUCCUAAGGGGGGAACGCAGCAAGAGGCCAGGACUUGUUUCCUGCCGAGCUGGGCUGGGGAGGGAAGCCUGAGCAAGUGCUCCUGCUUUAAAACAACCAAAAAAUUAAAAUAAAAUGGUUAGGGUGGCUUGCUGCCAGGCUGCCUGCAUUGUGCUGUUCGGGGUGGGCAUCUAUGGAAACGACGGUGGCAGGGUGUCCUCUAAGGAUCCCUGUGUCCCCACUCCCCCGAAACACUCGAUGCCUCCGUCUCACGCAGAGCAAUUCUUGUACACUCAAUUGUUUGCAAGAUGCAAACCACCUCACUAAGUUCUGAACGGAAAAUCUAUUUUACUUUGAGUCACAUCUGUUGAGGUUUACAAGAAAGCUCCAACGAGAGAUGUGUGUUCAAGGCCCGCUGUGGGCACUAGUCAUUGAACAUCUUCUUAUCCUGCCUAGACAGAUCCUCAUUUUGCGCUCUCAAGGUUAUUCAGACCGCAUUUUGUAAUUGCUGCUGUUGCAUCACGAAGCUCCCAUCAAAAGCAUUUACAAAGAAACCACGAAAGCGUUGCCCAGUUUACUGGUGGGCAGCACUCCGGCUCCGUGGCGAGCUGGAGCUCUGGAAACUACCGCCUUGCACUGUCACGGGUGCCCUCGUCUCUGAUGUAGGAUGUGUGUUUUACGUUGGCUUUCUCCUCGGUUUCAUAGGAAGAAAUGAUUGAUCCAUUGAGAUUGAACAGUGUUUCCCCGUUUUGCAGAGAAGACGCAAGAGGUUCACUGGUCAUUGGCCCGGGACUCGGAUGAAAACACUCGUGUCCUCAGUGGUGGAGGACCGCCUCGCACUGGCCUGUGACCAUCCGCCAGCCCGGAGCCUCCAAAGGGAGGAGGCUUGGACCAGCCACUGUAGAAUUAAUUCCCCAGGGGCUUCACCAAGGUGGCGGGAAAACCUGGGACCCGUUCUGUUUCCACACCAGCUCUUUGAUGACUCUCACCGCCGUUUCUGGGGCCAGGUUUGUACUUAGAGCUCCGUGCUAAAAGAAGACUCGGUCUUUCAUUAAAGCUGCUUCCGUUGGCA